UGACAGAUAGCCGAUAAUUCAAGUCUAGUUUCACAUAUUGCGCGCGUAAAAGCUACUCCGGACUUAUUUUCCAUGCUUAUUAACAUAAUGUAGGUUAUUGAGCAUAAUGUAGACGAUGUCAGCAUAUAUAACCCGUUGCUCUAACGUUUCCCAGUGGUUAUUUUUGGGAAAGCAUUUCUGAGAGUGCUCUGCUUAUGCCAACGACUCACCGCUCCAAGGGGAACAUGACUAACGUUAUCUCAUGAAACCUUUGAGAACUCAGAAAUGUAUUUUUAUUUUUUAAAUAAAUCAACCUUCCCAGUUUAAUCCAGUAAGCUUUAACAGGGAUUGGAGUGGUCACCUUUAUCUGGGACUAGACACCUGCUAAAUUGUUUGGCACAGGAUCUUAUUAACGAAACACUUUUUGCGAUUACACAGGUGGGAUUAUGGAAUCUGUUAUUCUUUUGGAGCAGAAUAACUUUACCUCAACCGAGGCACCACUGGCACAUCCGUUGUGCACAGAAUGGAACAGAGACCCAGAAGGAUCCGUUUUUCAUCUUGCUAAUAUCCUGCUGGUAUUAGGCUUCAUGGGCGGUAGUGGAUUUUACGGAUUGAUCUAUAUGUUUAGUUUUAUGUCGCUCGGUUUUGUGUGCUACUCCUUUUGGGCAUGGUCCAAUCCGUGCACCACGGACUCGUUUUCGUGGGCUUUUGUUCUCUUUGUUAUUUCUGUUGCUCAAGUCGUCCAUGUUGCAUACCGUCUGCGUAGUGUGACUUUUGAUAAGGACUUCCAGGAUCUCUACGGAUGCAUGUUCAAAAAGUUGGGCGUGUCUCUCAUUCACUUUGGCAAGAUAGUCUCUUGUUGCGAGCAGGAAAUCCAUACGAUCGAAAAAGAGCACUACUUUGCAGUCGAGGGCAAAACUCCUAUAGAUAAACUAUCUGUUCUGCUCUCCGGGAGAAUCCGUGUUACAGUGAAUGGAGAAUUUCUUCACUAUAUCAACCCUUUCCAGUUCUUGGAUUCACCUGAGUGGGAUUCACUCAGACCGUCGGAGGAGGGAGUUUUCCAGGUAACACUAAGAGCAGACGAUCGCUGCACAUAUGUCGCUUGGAGACGCAAGAAGUUAUAUCUGCUCUUUGCCAAACACCGCUAUAUCGCCAAGAUAUUUGCGCUGGUGGUGCGCAAUGACAUCGCCGAUAAGCUAUUCUCUCUGAACGACAGAGCGCUGGACGCACAUGGCUUCCGCUAUGAUCUACGUUUACCAAACUUCUGCCACACGUCUCAGGCACAGUUAGAAAAACCACACAACAGUUAAAAACAUGCCAUGACCCCGACCUAGAAUGUCCUUCCACUUAUUAAGAAAUAUUAAAAAAUAAGAAGGAAGUCAACAGGGUGAGGUGUAUUUCCCAGAGAUUUGUCUUUUCCAACUUUUACAAAAUCUAAGUCCUCAUCUCGCAUGUUCAGUACAUCAAAAUUCUAUGCAUUCUUACUCUGUUAUUUGCAUAAUAUUAAAAAGUUCUAAACUUUCGUGUCUUAGUAAAUCAAGGAUGCAUGUUUGAAUAGCUAUCUAAAUGUUCUCAUCUUAUAGUCUAAACGACAUUUAGAUCAUGCUUUUGCGUAUUUGAAUUCUCGAAUAAAGAAGAUUUUUUAAUCA